AACCUGUAGUUAUAGUUCCCUCAAUCAGAACUCAACAGAAAAUGAUGUCAUAAAAACUUUUCAAAAUUAAAAAAAAAAUUCCUACAAUGUCAAGUUGCCAUAGGAACCAAAAAUGUCUGAGCACUUCUGGGAUGACCCAGUACUAAUACUGUAUCUUCUCCUGGCUAUCCACAUAGGCGAUAAUCUGUGGGGCAUUUACUUGCUGCUUCGCGAGAUACACCUGGUCUACAAAGUACAAGAGGUGCCAGACUUGAUACGUCCCUAUUUGCCGCAGGAUCUCUUCGACAAGAUGCGUCUUCACAAGAUCCACAAGGGCUGGUUCACCAUUGUCAAUACUAUGGUAGUGGUGGUGAUAAUGGGCGUGUUGGAGCUAUACUUUGGACUCUAUGCAUGGCUGUGGGACCUGACUACACAGUGUGCCAUUGCCAAUUGGAUGAAGCACGAGGUUAUUCUAAACCUGAUCUUCGUAUUCAUAUUGAGUAUCUACUUUUGGAUCAAGAGCCUUCCCGGCGCGAUAUACGAAAAGCUAUGCAUUCCCAGUUUGCACAAACGGCAAAAGGCAUCAGUGGCAGCCAUUAUCGUGAAAUUUGUCGUGGACAUAAUGGUGGGCUUUCUUCUUACCACUGCCAUGGUAGUUGGUCUUGUGUUUCUGACCCUCUGGCUGGGUGUGUUCACAGCUUUCGGCCUAUAUAUUCAGUCUCUGGUUCUGACGUUUGGCCUGAUGCUAGUUAUUCCCUUUCUGAUCGAUCCGUUUUUGGGCAAACGCGUGACCCUUGAGAAUACCAAUUUGCAGGCUGAGCUGGAUCAUCUUACCCGAAAAGUGGGCUUCCCGGCGCACCAGGUGGUCAUUAUUAAGGUUCACGAUCCAAACAUUGGCAGCAAUGCUUUCUUCUAUGGUUUUGGAUGCCUCAAGAGAAUCAUUAUCUUUGACGGCCUGUUGCUGAACAGAGGUAGGCGGGAUAUAUCCGAGUUGCCGCCGGAGGAGAUUGGAAAGGGUCUGCGGGACGAACAAGUGGUGGCGGUGGUUUGUCACGAGCUGGGCCACUGGAGGCACGGACACUUCUUCAAGACUGUAUUCACGUUUCAGGUGUAUUUAAUACUAAUGCUUAUUUUCUUCACAAUUACCUUCCCCCACGGACCUAUCUAUCAAGCCGUGGGAUUCGCCCCGGGAGUCCAGCCUAUCAUCGUUGGGUUUUUCCUAAUCUUCGGAUUUGUGCUGACCCCGUACCUGACCUUUGCCAACUUUGUCAUGCUGAGCUUGGGUCGAUGCUACGAGUACCAGGCUGACAAGUUCGCCUUCCGGCUGGGAUACGCUAGAGAACUACGUACGGCUCUUCUGAAAUUGUACGCCGACAACUUGGUGUUCCCUGUGACGGACAAGUGCUACUCCAGCUGGCAUGACUCCCAUCCCACCAUGAUGGAUCGUCUGGAGCACUUGGACACGCUGCUCAACUAUGGAAGCUGACAUACACAAAAAGUCAAUACAUUAUACAAACUAAGUAGGUUCUGAUUGUACAAUCCCGCUCGGAUAUUAUAGAUAUAUCAUAAAAUACA